AUGUCCCCAGCGCUGGGACCCCACACUGCCAAUGUCACCCGCAUGGCCAAUGUCACCCGCAGCCAGGCGGCCGCCCGCUACCAGGGCAAUGGGGCUAGCCAGGCCGCCGCCCACUACCAGGGCAAUGGGGCUAGCCAGGCCGCCGCCCACUACCAGGGCAAUCGCCACGCCCGCCGCCUCAAGGGCCUCGAGGCCGCCCGCGCCCGCCGGGGGGGGGACCCCGGGGAGCCCCCGGAGCCGCCCGGGCCCGCGGCCCCCCCGGGCGGGGACCCCCCCGAGCGCCCAGCCCCCGCCCCUCCCCCCGCGGGGGGGGCAGAGCCGGGGGGGGCGCGGGAGGAGGAGGAGGAGGAGGAGGAGAGGGCGAAGGCCAAGCGGCUGCUGUACUGCGGGCUCUGCAAGGUGGCCGUCAACUCCCUGAGCCAGCUGGAGGCUCACAACAAAGGCACCAAGCACAAGACCCUGCUCGAGGCCCGCUCGGGGCUGGGGCCCAUCCGCGCCUUCCCGCGGGGGGGGGGCUCGGGGGGCGCCCCCCCGGCCGAGGGUCCCGAGCGCUCCUUCCACUGCCAGAUCUGCAACGUGCGCCUCAACUCCGAGCUGCAGCUCAACAGGUCACAUCUCCAGCCGCCGCACCGGGACGGGGUGGCCGGGAAGCCGAACCCGCUCCUGGGGCGCCACAAGAAACCGCGGAGCCCCCCCGAGAUGGCGCCGCUGCCGUUCCCCAAGGAGCUGCCCAAGGCCCUGGCGGGGGGGGGGCUCCUCCCGCCCCCCCUGGCCCUCGCGGCCGCCGCCGCCGCCAUCGCCGCCCCCCCCCCCUGGCGCUGCGCCCCCCCGGGCCCGCCCCUGCUGCCCGCGCCCCCCCCUGGCGCCCGCCCUGCUGCGCCCGGCGCCGGGACCGCUGAGAGCGGGGCACGCGCCGCUGCUGUUCACACCCGUACUGACAGACUGACAGACUGA